GUAAAGUGCAUGAAAUCACGUGUUUAAAGCAACCGCCCUCUUUUCUGGACUGGAAUGAGCUUGAUAUUAGACUCCUGCACGCCUCAACCUGCUGACGAACAUAUAAAGGGUUUUAUUAGACCUGUCAGUUUUUUAUCAUGGGCAGUUUAUAUCUCUCAAGAGGUCGGUGUAUUCUCCAGCAGGUGUUCUCUGGCUUACCCAUCAUGCUGCAGCGGCCUUACAGCCUCGAUGUGUCAGCGCAGCUCCUGCGGACUGAAGCCUUCAUAGAAGGGCGCUGGGUCUCCGCGACAUCCACAUUCCCCGUGUUCGAUCCAGCCACGGGAGAAGAGAUCGCGAAGGUGUCAGACUGCGGUACAAAGGAAGCUCAAGACGCUGUCAAUGCUGCGUACAAAGCGUUUUACCUGUGGAAGAGUCAGACAGCCAAGGAAAGAAGCAUUUUGCUGCGGAAAUGGUUUAAUCUGAUCAAUGAGCACAAGGAAGAUCUUGCCAAGUUGAUCACAGCCGAGUCUGGGAAGCCCAUGAAGGAGUCUGUUGGUGAGAUGACAUAUUCUGCCUCCUUUCUGGAGUGGUUUUCUGAAGAGGCCAGACGUGUAUAUGGAGAUAUUGUCGCACCUCCAGCCAAGGACCGCAAGAUCCUGUUACUCAAGCAGCCGGUGGGAGUGGCUUCCAUCAUUACACCUUGGAAUUUCCCCAGUGCCAUGAUCACCAGGAAAGUGGGCGCAGCGCUUGCGGUGGGCUGCACUGUGGUGGUGAAGCCGGCUGAGGACACGCCUCUCUCUGCUCUGGCCCUUGCUGAGCUGUCGGUUCAGGCCGGCAUUCCUCCUGGGGUGUUUAAUGUGGUGCCCUGCUCAAGAGAAAAGACCCCUGCUGUUGGGGAGCUGCUCUGCACAGACCCUCUCGUGGCCAAAAUCUCAUUUACCGGCUCCACAGCCACUGGCAAGGUACUACUAAGACAUGCUGCAGGAACUGUCAAAAGGGUCUCCAUGGAGUUGGGAGGACACGCCCCCUUUAUUGUAUUUGACAGUGCUGAGGUAGAUAAAGCCGUUGCAGGAGCGAUGGCUUCCAAAUUCAGGAACUCAGGCCAGACCUGUGUGUGCUCCAACCGCUUUUUGGUGCAGAGUGGGAUCCAUGAUGCUUUCAUGGAGAAGCUGGCGAAGGCUAUGGAUGCCGAACUGAAGGUUGGCCACGGCUCAGAGCCCACCACCACACAAGGGCCGCUCAUCAACACCCGCGCUGCAGAGAAGGUGGAGAACCAGAUUGCAGAUGCUGUGGCACAGGGAGCAGUCAUAGUUCGAGGUGGGAAGAGACUGGAGGGCUCCUUCAUGCAGCCCACCCUGCUGUCCAGUGUCAACACUGACAUGCUCUGCAUGCGAGAGGAGACCUUUGGACCCCUUAUUCCUGUUGUUAAGUUCAACACAGAGCAGGAGGCACUUGCCAUUGCCAAUGCUUCUCCUGUUGGUUUAGCAGGUUACUUUUACUCCAGAGACAUCAGUCAGAUCUGGCGGGUGGCUGAGCAGAUGGAGGUGGGCAUGGUUGGGGUCAACGAAGGUCUGAUCUCCACCACAGAAGCCUCUUUUGGUGGAAUCAAACAGUCUGGACUGGGCAGAGAAGGAUCCAAAUAUGGCAUUGAUGAGUAUCUAGAAAUAAAGUACAUGUGUUUGGGGGGACUCUCCCUUUAAAGACAAUGGUUACUGGCAGGCAGUGUCAUUAUUCAAGCAAGACCAUCAUACAAACAUUAAUCCACAAAACACAUGAACCAUUCUCUCUUUUAAUCAGAUGUAACUGAAUAAUGACUAUACAGAGACAUUUCACU